AAUAUCCAAAAGAGCACUCUCACAUAUUAUCACCUCAUCCUCACUCCCAAGCGAUGCAAGCCGCACUAGCAGCUAUGGCCGCUCACACCAUCCUCUCCACCAACCCAUCUCACUCUUUUCUUUUAUUUCCCAUCUCAAACCCUAACCCUAACAACCCAUCACUCCUCCGCUCUUCAUUCCACGGCCUCUCUUUCAAACCCACCAUCCAAUCCCUAACCCUCUCCGCCACCGCCUCUGCCGCCCCUAAGCCCCUCACUGUCGUCGCCGCCACCAAGAAAGCAGUCGCCGUCCUCAAGGGCACCUCCAAUGUCGAAGGGGUUGUCAAUCUCAUCCAAGAUGAUGAUGGUCCUACUAAGGUGACUGUUAAAAUCACUGGACUCACUCCUGGGCCUCAUGGGUUUCACCUACAUGAAUUUGGUGAUACGACAAAUGGGUGCAUAUCAACAGGACCACAUUUCAAUCCUAAUGGUUUGACACAUGGUGCUCCUGAAGAUGAAAUUCGCCAUGCGGGUGACCUGGGAAACAUAGUUGCUAAUGCCGAUGGGGUGGCCGAGGCAACAAUUGUGGACAAACAGAUUCCACUGAGUGGGCCUAAUUCAGUCGUCGGAAGAGCCUUUGUGGUUCAUGAGCUUGUAGAUGACCUUGGAAAGGGUGGUCAUGAACUUAGUCUUAGCACCGGCAAUGCGGGUGGACGAUUGGCAUGUGGAGUGGUUGGUUUGACUCCGGUGUAAGGGCAACCCCUUGUUUGAAAUCAAUGUGGUGUGCACUACCUGUUGCUUCGUUUGCAUGUUUCAUAUAGAGUGUUAUUUUUAAAGCCUGGGGUGUACUCCAAACUUGUGGAGGGCAGUUGUUAGUUGUAAAGCUAGCAGAUAUUCACUAUGUUUUUAGCUACUCACAAUCCAAUAAAAAUGAGGCUGGUAAGGACGCUUUGUUAAUGUUUGCAACUUAACACUGGUGGUUGAAUGUAUUAUAUUUGAAUAGUUGCUGCCUUUCUUUCUCCAUAUAUUAAUAAAAAGCAUGGUGCUUUAUGGCAA